ACACCACUACACGCAUCCAUUGAUAGCCACCGUUUGUUCGCAACAAGAUUGCUCCUUGAUGCUGGCGCAGAUCCAAAUUUGGUUGCACAUGACGGCUGGACUCCCUUGCACCUCGCAGCAUUUGAGAAAGAUGGUGGCGCCGUGAAAACACUUCUUGGCCACGGAGCUGACCCCACGUUGACCACAAAGAAGGGUGAUACAGUUCUCCAACUGGCGGUUGGCCAGUUCGGCGUAGGAGUCACCAAGGAGCUGCUGGAACACGGUGCGGAG